UCCGGUGUUUCACCGGCGGCUGCUCCGGGCGCAGCGGGGCGGGCGGGCGGCGUUGGGGGUCGUGUCGGUUCGUGUCGGUUCGGUGCCGUUCGGUGCCGCCGCCCCCUCCGUUCCCUCCGUUCCCGCGGUGCCGCCCCGCAGCAUCGGGCGGAGCGGAUCCUCGGGUCCGUCCCCUCCCGGUGCCGCCGAAGCGGGCGGGGCCGGCGCCGCCUCGCACAAAGCCGGGAGCGGGCGGAGCCGCGGGGACCCGACACCGACGGCGGCACCGACGGCGGCUCCGGCCGCGAUGUGAGCGGGGCGAUGCGCGCGGGGCAUGGCCGGCACGGCGGGACGCGGCGGGACGCGGCGGGGCGGGCGGCGGAGCGCUGCCCGUGAGCAUGGAGCCGCCACAACCGGCCCCGCCCGCAGCGCCGCUCCAUCACGGGCCGCGGUGGGAACAAGCGGGGCCGGAGCUGGGACCGGAGCUGGACGCGGAGUCAGAAGCGGAGCCGGCGCUAUGGGCAGCUGAACCGGCGGCGGGGACUCCGCCAUGGGCCCCCCCGGGGCGCGGGGGCUGCGCGGAGGACGAGCCUCGUCUGCGCCCCGUUUUCGACGCCCUCGACCGCGACGGCGACGGCUUCGUGCGGGUGGAGGAGUUCGUGCAGUUCGCUACAGCCUACGGGGCCGAGCAGGUGAAGGAACUGACCAAGUACCUUGAUCCCAGCGGGCUCGGGGUCAUCAGCUUUGAAGAUUUCCACCGUGGGAUCAGAGCUAUCAGAAAUGGAGACCCUGACAGCCAGCUGUAUGAUAUGGGAUAUAACCCCGAGGAGGAAACCCCGGCCUGUCCUGAUGAAUUUGAUGACUUCGUCACGUUUGAGGCAAAUGAGGUGACCGACAGCGCGUACAUGGGCUCAGAGAGCACCUACAGCGAGUGUGAAACCUUCACAGAUGAGGACACCAGCACGCUGGUGCACCACGAGAUGCACGACGAGGUGGAGACCGACAGCGCCAUCGACUCCACUGUGCACUCAGAGUUCACAGAUGCCAUCGAGGAGCAGGAGCACGGAUCUCAUCCACAUGACCUGCCCCUGGGCUCGGAUCUCAGCCACUCCAUCGUUACGGUCAUUAGCGGAGAGGAGCACUUCGAGGAUUAUGGAGAAGGGAAUGAAGCAGAUUUGUUCUCGGACAGCUUGUGUAAUGGGGAAAGCAGCUUUAGCAGCUCCUCGUUCCUCUCCCCCAGCACCAAUCCGCUCGCUGCGAAACUGCACAGCAUUAUCGCAGAUGAAGCAUUUGAGUUUUACUGUAGCCAGUGCCACAAACAAAUCAACCGCCUUGAGGAUCUUUCCGCUCGCCUGAAUGAUCUUGAAAUGAAUAGUCCGAAUAAAAGACUCUCCAGCAAGAAGGUGGCAAGACAGCUGCACCAGACCAGCACUUUGUCUGGAGGGGCGAUGGAGGAGUCCUACCGGGACACGUUGGAGUGCACAGAAGAGGACAUCACGGACAAGGUGGUCUUUCUGGAGAAGCGGGUGACGGAGCUGGAGAAGGACACGGCUGCCAAUGGCGAGCAGCACAGCCGCCUCAAGCAGGAGAACCUGCAGCUGGUGCACAGAGCGAAUGCUCUCGAGGAACAGCUGAAGGAGCAGGAGCUGAGGGCUGACCAAACACUCCUGGAGGAGAUCAAGAAGCAGAGGGAGAUGCUGAGCAAAAUGGAGAGGGAGAAGAGCAUCGAGAUCGAAAACCUGCAGGCCAGGCUGCAGCAGCUGGAUGAUGAGAACAGCGAGCUGAGGUCUUGUGUCCCUUGUUUAAGAGCCAACAUUGAGAGGCUCGAGGAGGAGAAGCAGAAGCUGCUGGAUGAGAUUGAGGACCUCACUGUGCAGCUCACAGAGGAACAGGAGAACAAGAGGAAGAUGGGGGACAAGCUGAGCCACGAGAGGCACCAGUUUCAGAAGGAGAAGGAGUCAACCCAGGAGCUCAUUGAGGACCUCAGGAAGCAGCUCGAGCACUUGCAGCUCUUCAAACUGGAAUGUGAGCAGCGGCGAGGCCGGAGCAGCAGCAUGGGGCUGCAGGAGUACAACAGCAGGACAAGAGAGACGGAGCUGGAGCAGGAGAUUAAGCAGCUUAAGCAGGAUAACAGGAGCCUGAAGGAGCAGAACGAUGAGCUGAACGGGCAGAUCAUCAACCUGAGCAUCCAGGGAGCCAAGAACCUCUUCUCAGCCUCCUUCUCUGAAUCCCUGGCGGCCGAGAUCAGCUCAGUCUCCAGAGAUGAGCUCAUGGAAGCAAUUCAAAAGCAAGAAGAGAUCAACUUCCGCCUGCAGGACUACAUUGACAGGAUCAUCGUGGCCAUCAUGGAGACCAACCCCUCCAUCCUGGAAGUGAAGUAAAGGGCGGCCGAGAGCCGCAAGCUGCGCACUCUGCCAUGGCUGUGGAUUUGGUGCUCUGAGAGGAGGAAGAGGGACUCACAACGUCUUUGCUCUUGAUGAAGGCACAAGGAAACGUCGCGUCGGAUCGGUGCUGAAUCAGCCGGCGCAGCAGCGGGGCAGAGCGCCAGCAGUGAGGCUCUGUUGUCUGACUCCGUUAUUUUUUGCAACCCUUCUGGCUUCAAAGGGCGAAAGGGAACCUGGAGGAGAAAUGGAGGCAACAGGCAACUGCGGGAAGGAUUUGGGUCGGCCCCGCACGGGUGUGAGGAGGGAUUCCUCUGAACUGCAGGGACCGGGAUGGAGCAGGAACGUUUCCCCCCCCACUGCCCUGCCCAGCUUUGCCAAAGUGUCCAUGACACACUCACUUACUGGGGCAGAUCUGGGAAAGAGGGAAACACGUCCUGGACUUGUAGAAUGAUGAUGAUGAUUAUUAUUAUUUUUUAAUUAACUUAAUGCAAAUGUCUUCAUCCAGCUGGCGCAGUUAAUCCUUGCCCUGCUGCUUUUGCUUGGGAACGGGUGGCGUGCACAGCUUCUCACUUGCUGGUGGCACGAAGAGGGGAGCGGCCAUCCUCGGGACAGGGUGUGAGUGCAGUGUCACCCACCUCCUUAUUUAUUUCGCUGUCUGUGGCUCCAGGGAGGGACGCUGCUGUGGGGGUCCCAUGGCAGAGCCGUCCCCUCCAUCCUGCCUGCAGGGAUUGGGGCAGAGGUUGUGGUGUGAGGGCUGAGCUCUGUGUGCUGUCCUGGCUGUCCCAGCACGGAGCGGGGCUCUGCCAGUGAUGGCUGUUGUCCCAGAGGGAGAACCUGCUCCUCACGCUGUGCUGGGGAAGGGGUGGCUGCACUGAGCUCUGAGCACACAGCAUCACCAAUCCCUGUGCUGCAAGGGGCAGGAGGGCUCUGAACACAGUGCCAGCUGGCUGGGAAACAGACCAUGCUCACAGUGGGCAGCUCAUGGUGACCACAGCGAGGUGCACCCACGGGAGCAGCCACUCAUCACACUGCCCCAGGAUCUGGCACCUUUGCUGCUGCACCGGGCCCAUGGAGCAGCUAUUUCUGCUAACCAAGCUCCAGAAACAUCAAUACAGCCCAACAACAAGGGAGAAGCAGCCACCCCCUAAAUGCUUCCGAGCGCAUCGCUGUGUUAUGGGUCAGCCAGGGGCUGUGCCUGCAGCUGAGCCCGGAGCCGCCGCCGUGUCCCAGCACUGUGGCCAUCUGACACAGCCCUGCACCCAGCCUGGGGACGGAGCCACGUGGUGUACAUUUAUGGAGAAGCUUUGGGUGUAAAUCAGUGUAUACAUGGAGAGGGAAAUUUUUCUAUCUUGUAGAGUAGGUAUUUUUAUAGAACGAAGGUCGAUCAUUUUUUUAACACUUUAAAGAAGAGAGAAAUGUAUCUGUGUAUAACACAAAACCAUAUAUAUAUAUAUAUAUAUAUGUGUAUAAAUAUAUAAAUAUUGGAGAUCUGCCUUUCUCGACUUGGGGUCGUCGAUCCCCAGUUCCUACAAUCGUCUUUUUUUUCUCCUGUUGCUCACACAGAGGUACUGUAACUGUAAAUAAGCACCAGGAAAAAGGUUUUAAGCAAACAAAGCACUGACUUGCACAUUCACCAUGCUUUAAAGCCCCUACGAAACAAACAAAAACAAAUCCACACCGACCUGUCCUUCCCAAUAAACCUUCCUCUCUCCCCGCCGGUAUGUGAAGGAAAGUCCCACAAGGGUGAAAGCAGUAUUGUCUUAAAUGAUGUAUCGAUUCUUGUCCCAUUAAAUGCUGUUACCAUUCCUGUCA